AUGGAGACGUGUCUCUUUUAUUCUCUCGAACUGGCCUUUGUCCCUGAAUAUGAUUUAGGAUAUGUCAGAGAGUGUAAUCUAUGCAGGAACCAUUCAAGCUACACCAUUAGCUAUACAAAACCAUUUACUAGCUAUGCAGAACCAUUUACUAGCUAUGCAGAGCUAUGCAGGACCAUUCACAAGCUACACAGAACCAUUACUAGCUAUACAAAACCUUUCAUUAGUUAUGCAGAACCAUUUACUAGCUAUGCAAAACCUUUUAUUAGUUAUGCAGAACCAUUUACUAGCUAUGUAAGACCAUUUACUAGCUAUGCAGGACCAUUCACAAGCUACACAGAACCAUUUACUAGUUAUGCAAAACCUUUUAUUAGUUAUGCAGAACCAUUUACUAGCUAUGCAGGACCACUUACAAGCUACACAGAACCAUUUACUAGCUAUGCAAAACCUAUUAGCUAUAGACCAUUUACUAGCUAUGCAGGACCACUUACAAGCUACACAGAACCAUCUACUAGCUAUGCAGAACCAUUUACUAGCUAUGCAAAACCUUUUAUUAGUUAUGCAGCUACUAGCUAUGCAGGACCACUUACAAGCUACGCAGAACCAUUUACUAGCUAUGCAAAACCUUUUAUUAGUUAUGCAGAACCAUUUACUAGCUAUGCAGGACCACUUACAAGCUACGCAGAACCAUUUACUAGCUAUGCAAAACCUUUUAUCAGUUAUGCAGAACCAUUGAAUAGCUAA